AUGAGCGAGACCAAGCAGCUAUCAGCACUUGUGCUUGUCGCAGAUGGUUCUGAGGAGAUUGAGACGGUCACUCCGCUUGAUGUUCUAGUGCGAGCCGGAUUCACAACAGUCAAAUCUGUGGGUGUUAACCUUAAGAAUCCUCUUUAUGCUCAAUGCUCUCGUGGGAUCAAGAUUAUCCCUGACAUUCCUUCACCUCAUGAGAUACCCGAUCGUCUAGUCGAUGCAGCAGACAUCCUGAUCCUACCAGGAGGUGCACCAGGAGCGAAGACCUUCUGUCAGAGCGAUGAUGUCUUACGCCUGGUACGCGAGUUCCGUAACGAAGGAAAAUGGGUUGCGGCAAUUUGUGCUGGAACUACAGCACUUGUCGAGAGCGUCAAGUCACCCCAUGCUCAAGGCGAAGCUGCAAAGAAGUGCAAGGUCACGUCGCACCCAUCAGUGAAGCAGGAGAUUAUGGACGCUGGCUGGUCUUAUGCAGACGACAACGAGAGGAUUGUAGUCGACGGCAAGGUCAUCACAAGCCGCGGUCCAGGUACGGCAUUGCUCUUCUCGCUUACUAUUGUUGAGAAGUUGGCUGGAAAGGCGAAGAGAGAUGAGGUUCAAGGCCCAAUGAUCUGCGCUGAGACUCUGUGA